AAUUGACGUUUUCGAAGCUAGUCGGUUUUUUCGUUCAUGUGCGCUGCGUGCUUUAAGUUUUGUGAUUGAUUCUUCUGAAUUCCGUGAAAAUUUGAUAAAAUAUUGCAAAAAUCUCAGUGAAAUCUUCUCAAAAUGCAACCGCAAAUAGUGCUACUGAAGGAAGGUACCGAUAGCUCUCAGGGAAAACCUCAGCUGAUCUCCAACAUCAAUGCAUGUCAGUCGAUAGUAGAUGCGGUGCGCACAACGCUUGGCCCACGCGGCAUGGAUAAACUGAUUGUGAAUAACAAUGGCAAAGCAACGAUUUCCAAUGACGGGGCGACUAUCAUGAAAUUGUUGGACAUUGUACAUCCGGCUGCCCGAACUUUGGUUGACAUUGCCAAAUCGCAGGAUGCUGAGGUGGGCGAUGGAACCACUAGCGUUGUUAUGUUAGCCGGAGAAUUCCUGAAACAGCUGAAACCGUACAUCGAGGAAGGCGUACAUCCGAGAAUAAUAAUCAAGGCCGUGCGGAAAGCUCUUACCUUAUGUGUUGCGAGAAUCAAUGAGAUGGCUUUCAAAAUAGAGAAACACGACGAAGAAAAGCAUCGGGCUUUGCUGGAAAAGUGUGCUGCUACAGCGAUGAACUCGAAACUCAUUCAUCAGCAGAAGGAUUUCUUUUCGAAGAUGGUUGUUGAUGCUGUGACCACCCUAGAUGUGCUACUCCCUUUGAACAUGAUUGGCGUCAAGAAAGUUACUGGAGGUGCCUUGGAGGAAUCGCUUCUUAUAGAUGGUGUUGCCUUUAAGAAAACCUUCUCGUAUGCUGGCUUUGAAAUGCAACCGAAGUCGUAUGAGAAUGUUAAAAUUGCACUAUUGAAUAUUGAGCUGGAAUUAAAGGCCGAGCGUGAUAACGCCGAAGUUCGUGUGGACAACGUAAAAGAAUAUCAGAAGGUUGUGGAUGCAGAAUGGCAAAUUUUGUACGAUAAAUUGGAAAAGAUUCACUUAUCUGGAGCUCAGGUAGUUCUCUCGAAGCUUCCGAUUGGCGAUGUUGCGACGCAAUAUUUUGCUGACAGGGACAUGUUUUGCGCUGGUCGCGUCCAAGAGGAAGAUUUGAAGCGUACACUCAAGGCUUGCGGUGGGGCAGUUAUGACCACUGUUCAAGAUAUUGACGACAAAGUUCUUGGCACGUGUGCACAUUUCGAGGAGCGGCAGGUGGGCGGAGAACGGUUUAACAUUUUCCAGGGCUGUCCGAAUGCAAAAACGUGCACUCUGAUUCUGCGAGGUGGAGCGGAACAGUUUUUGGAGGAAACUGAGCGAUCGUUGCACGAUGCCAUUAUGAUCGUACGACGCACUAUUCGCAAUGACUCUGUUGUGGCUGGUGGCGGAGCCAUCGAGAUGGAGUUAUCGAAAAUGCUACGCGACUAUUCGCGUACGAUCGCCGGGAAGGAACAGCUGCUAAUUGGUGCAAUCGCGAAAGCACUAGAAGUAAUCCCCCGUCAACUGUGUGAUAAUGCUGGCUUCGAUGCGACCAACAUAUUGAACAAGUUGCGCCAGAAACACGCUCAAGGAUGCCAGUGGUAUGGUGUGGAUAUCUUGAAGGAACACAUUGCCGAUAACUUUGAGGCUUUUGUCUGGGAGCCUUCAGUCAUUAAAAUCAAUGCGCUGACGGCGGCUUGCGAAGCGACUUGCAUGAUCCUUUCGGUAGACGAAACUAUCAGAAGUCCGAAAUCCGCCGGUGGUGACAUGCCUCAAGCUCCAAUGGGAAGAGGAAUGGGGCGUCCGUUUUAAUGUAAUUCGUUUGUGUAACAAUGUAACAAUAUUAUUAACACAUUCUUCAAAACUCACUACUCUAGACUUCAUUAUUACGUUGCGUGAUUCAAAGCCUCAUUUAAGUGAAAUUCUUAUUCAAAUAAAUUUAUUAAAGCUGCUUAUUGAUAACAUGCUGACCAACUAAGUUGUACCAUCAAAAUAAAUCCAUUAAUAAAUCAAAACUCAUUUCUGAUCGCA